AUGUAUGCCAUCGAAAAUUACAAUUCUGAGUUUAAUCUUCGACAAGAACAAUAUCCUGUAACAGAUACAAUUUAUAAGAAACGUUUUUUAAAUAAAAGUAUCAAUCCUGAAGAAAUUGAGGGUUUACAUGCGGUGUUAGAAGUUAUAAGGUCAGUAGCUAUUUAUGAUGAAAUUGCUCGAAUAGCUAUAUGCGAACAUCCAAAUUGGGCUCCUCUUCACAUAUUAAUAGGAUUAAUGAGUUGUUCAGUUCCUUUAAUGUUAAAAGCAGAUAUUAUAAACACAUUAGCAGCUCUGGCGAACUGUAAAGAAACGGCUGCUACCCUUUGGAAUAAUAUGGAAGACGCUCAAAUUAUACCUACAAUACCUACUACAAGUGCAUAUAGUAAGUACAUUUUUCUAACAUAUUAA